AUGGAACGAUUACCACUACCUGCUGCUGAGGCGCCGCUGAUGGAAUACGACCUUGAUCUCGAGGAAUUCAAUUGGGACCAAGAGAGGUGCUUGACAACGGCGAAACAAACACUAGCCCCGUUUUAUGCUGCCCCCAAACAAAAUUGCCCCAUCAAGCCCACCGAGUCUGCUUCCCUCUCCGUCGACAGCUUCUCUCCGCCGACAGCUAGCUUCACAUCUCCUGAUAUCUUCAGCAGCGAUGAAUCGUUGCUGUACGACUCCUUCCCGAUGACCCCUUCUGAGAUCGGGUCCAUUCCUUUUCUACCUUACAGCGUCUCCCCAACUGUCAUCCCUAAAUCCGCAGGCGGGAUGGGAGGGCUGUGCAACAAUGACGACGACUGCGACAUCAUCGACCAAAGGCAAGCCAAACAAAAGUAUACCGUCAAUUCCAAGAACCUGAACCCACAUGGCAAGAAGCGACCGUCCCCGACGAGCCAAGAGACAGAACAACCACCUGCGUCCCAGCCACAAAAUGGCAACAUGGACGCUAGCGCUGAGAUACGCACCGGCAUCAAGUUGCGCACCGCAUCUCGCAAGCCUAAGAAGCCAUCAUCCAAAAAACUGGGCAGCAACAAGGUUCCUUUCUCACCGUCAGUAGCACAGCCACGCCACAGCCAUAACCUGGCCGAGAAGCAGUACCGGAACCGACUAAACCAACAGUUCAACAACUUGCUCGCCGCACUGCCGGCACCGCAGUCGGAGGAUUGCGACCGCCACGACAUCGGCGACCGAUGUCUCAGCAAAGCUGGAGUGCUGGACCGUGCGAGGCAGCGCAUCAAGUUGCUGGAGAGAGAAAACCAAGUGCUGGUCAAGGAGCGAGACAAGUUGAUGAAGAACAUCAAUUUAAUGCAGGAAACGGUAAAAUGA